AUGAUGCCACCAAACGAGCGCCAGACGAAGAAACGCCGCCUCGACACCGAGGAUGAGACCCAAAAGGGCUCACGCUUCAAGCCCACAGUCCCCCGUGACUGGACCGUCUCUAUUGCCGUUCCAACCAGCAUUCUCACCGACCGCGUCACCCGCGAACAAAAAACCACCACCGUAGGCCGUAUCGCCCGCGCGGCCGCCAUCUUCUCCAUCGACGAGAUCGUCGUCUUCGACGACUCCCCUCCGGACUCUCGUCUCCCCAGCGUCGACCCCGACGCCUACACCGGCGACACUGACCCUGGCCACUUCAUGGAGCACCUGCUGAACUAUCUCGAGACGCCGCCAUUCAUGCGCAAGGUGUUAUUCCCGCUGCAUCCGAACCUUAAGAGUCAGGGUCUGUUGCCGAACAUGGAUAUGCCCCAUCAUCCUCACAAGGACGAGUGGAUGCCGUACAGGGAAGGGAUGACUAUUGAGGGGAAGGGAAAGGGCACCACCGUCGACAUAGGCCUCCCCACUCCCGUCACAAUCUCCGAGUCCAUCCCCCCCCGCACCCGCGUGACCCUCAAAAUGCCCGUCACCCCCUCCGGCACUCCCGAGCCAAUUCACCCGGCUCAACCGCGCACAGAAGCCGGUUACUUCUGGGGUUUCACAGUCCGUCGCGCCCCAUCUCUUUCCGCCAUCUUCACCACCUCCCCCUUCCCCGACGGCUACGACAUGUCCAUCGGCACAUCCGAGCGGGGCAAGCCGCUGAACGCGGCGUUCCCAUCAUACGAGCAGGCGGAUUUUAAGCACCUCAUCGUGGUGUUUGGCGGGCCGAGGGGAUUGGAGUAUGCGGCAAUGAAUGAUCCAGAACUGGUGCAGAUGGGGAUUCAGGGAGGGAGGACAAGGGAGUUGUUCGAUCAUUGGGUCAAUGUGCUACCAGGGCAAGGGACUAGGGGAAUUAAGACUGAAGAGGCGGUUCUGGUCGCGUUAAGCGGGUUGAGGAGGUUGUGGGAUAGUAGUUGA